AUGUCAUACUGUAACAGGCAUGCAUGGGUGGCGGCACAAACCCACACGGACUACGAACCGCACCGACUUGCUCCCCCCUCCACGCUAACUCAUCUGCAACGAGGACGUCGCUGCCACCUUAUCCGCCUCAUCUUCGCAGCCAACCAAAACAACCAAGGCAACCAAGGCAACCAAGACUCUACUUUGCCUUGCUACCCGUCAUGCAUCCAACUCUAG